UAGAAGAGAGCUGAUCUCAGAGCAGCGACAACAGGGUGCAGCUUCUGGAGGCAGAGCAACAUGCCGCGGACACAGUUCACUAACAUGCAUCUGUUGCUGAUUGUGAUUAUGUCGGGGAUGUAUUUUUCGGAGAUGGCCGCUGCUCAGCCGGCCUGUGACCCUCUCACUCAAUAUGAGCGGAAAGGCGAGUGCUGCAAAAUGUGUGCUCCAGGGACCAGCAUGUCGUCCCUCAGUACUUGCCUGGAUCCUCAGUGCACAGAAUGUGGAGACAAUGAGUAUCGGGAUAAAUACACAACUGAACCCAAGUGUCAACUUCAACCGUACUGUGACCCACAUAAAAACUUUGAUGAUGUUGGCCAGAUGAGCAAGAGGAAACGAAGCGCCUGUGAGUGCAAAGUGGGAUUCCACUGCUCGAGUGUGGAAUGUAUAACCUGUGUGCCACACGCACUCUGUGAGCUGGGACACGGAGCUCGCUCCAAAGGCAACCAUACGCAUAACACAGUGUGUCAGAAAUGCACAGGAGGCACAUUUUCCGAAGACAAGUCAUGGGACGGUGUCUGUGCGAAAUGGAAAGAAUGUUUGAAGGGACACCACGUUGAACAAAGUGGAACGGACGUAUCUGACAACAUCUGUGAGGAAACCUCCCGGUCACAUACAGUUGUGAUAGUUGUGUGUUCUGUGGUGCUGUUUCUCUUUGGGGUUAUAUGUGCUGGCUGGUGUUGUCUAUGUAAAGGUAAACCAGGGGACGCAAAUGGAAACUUGAAGGUCUGUGUCGAAUCAUGCCUGGGAGACAAAAAGGAGCCACAGAGAGAAACCAAUGUGCUGAUAACAAACCCAACUGAUGCUAUUGAGGAAGAGUCACUUGUUCCUGACCUGCAGUGCUCUCAUGAGGAGGCUGGUGUGAGGACACCGGAGGAAAACGAGGACGAGCUGAGCCAGGUGCUGUCAGAGGAUUUUGUUCUCACUGAAAAUGGAAACUUUGUGACUCAGGAGGAUGGGAAGUCAAUAGUCCUUUCCCGACAGGAAUCUCAAACGCAGACGUUUACAGACUGAAAGCAGCUGCUGUCACUCCGAUCGUUGCUGAUAGCAUGAAAAUAUGAAUGUAACCUGUUGUGUUAUUCUGCCCUAUGUUUCUGUUGUACAUAAUUCCCCCCUUAAGAUGUAUAUAGUGCCUUUUAAGUGUACCAAUAAAUGUAACUCAUUCGAUAAUAAUGUAGUUGUUGUGUAAGCAAUUUAGGAGGUGCAUACUACUGUGUGUGUGUGUAUAUGUGUGAAUGUGUAUAUAUAGUAAUGCACUUUUUCUAAAAUUACAUUCUUGUGCAAUGUACAAAGUUGUGUUAUGGGGAUAAUUGUGCAUGGAAAUCGCACGUAAUUUAAAAACAUUUGAAGUUGGAAUAAAAGGCCUGCCACUUAAACGUUGA